AUGGCUUUUCCGAAUGAGAACGAUGAAAUAAAUGAUUCAAACGGACUCGUAAGGAAUUUGAGGCGUCAACUGAUGCGAGACAACUCUGACUAUUCUUUAGAAGACGACACCAAAACGGAAUUACAAAUGAGAGCGAAUUCUAAACUUGUUAAAUCACAGGAAAACGGUGAAGUGUUAGUUACAAGACAUCACAGCAAAAAGCAAUCAAAGGAGAAUCAUUAUAAGAAACAAAAACGAGAAUAUUAUAAAGAAAUAUCAAGAAAAAACUUUUAUAUACCAAAUCUUAGUAAUAUUCAAAAAAUAAAAAUGCCUAAUAUUUCUUCAAAGAAAGAACAGCCUAUAAAAGCACAGCACGUAGUAUCUAACAAAGAUCUAUUCUAUUAUAUGGACGAUCAGAAAUUAGUCCCGGAACCUAAAAAAAAGUAUCAGAAUGAAAAUCAUCACAAAAAUAUGAGAAAUGAUGUGAAAUCAACAGUGAAAUAUAGAUAUUUGAAGCUCAAACAUCCAUAUCGACGACAUAACCAACCACGUCUCGUCCAAGAAGAGGGCGCAGAGAAGUUUGCAAUUGUUAAUCUCGACAAAGGUCCUAUACCAGAACUGCGGCUGCCGCCAUCCCGGAGGCAAUACAUGCGAGACCCUGGCGAGGUCGUGGCCGAUGAUGAAGAGGUUCCUCCUCCUCCGGUCAACACCAGCGAUCCUGAAGCUGCACCAGAUGAUGAAACUACUACUAAAUUUUCUAUUACACCAGGAACGCUCACU